GUUCCACUUUUUAAUAUAUUGAAGAAAUUUGAUGGUGAGACUGUCACUGAGGUUGUGCGGCCUUGCAUAGCAAGGAUGAGAUAUCGUGUUACUAGACUACCUAAGUACCUGAUUCUCCACAUGCGGCGUUUUACGAAAAAUAACUUCUUCAUUGAGAAGAAUCCUACUCUUGUUAACUUUCCGGUGAAGAAUCUCGAGUUGAAGGAUUAUAUUCCAUUACCUACACCAAGGGAGAAUAAGAAACUGCGGUCAAAGUAUGAUCUUAUUGCUAACAUCGUUCAUGAUGGCAAGCCAGGCGAAGGAUGUUAUAGAGUUUUCGUGCAGCGUAAAUCAGAAGAGCUAUGGUAUGAGAUGCAGGACCUUCAUGUAACUGAAACUCUUCCACAAAUGGUUGCUCUCUCAGAGGCUUAUAUGCAGAUUUAUGAGCAGCAAGGGUGACUGAAAGAUGCUAGUUCUUGCUUUAGCUGCUAGAAAUGUGUAAUCCCCAAUAUAGAAUGGUAAGUCACCGUAAAAGAAACUCCUAUAAAGUUCCCUAAAAAUUUUCAAGCUACCAAAUUGUCCAUUUUUCUUCUCAGUUAUGUUAUAUGUGUAUUUUUUUUAAGGAUUACGGAUUUUACUAAUUUGGUUACACACCUGAAAAAACUAAUUGUUGAUGAUAAUUUCUGAAGUAUUGAAUUUUUGUCUAUCA